UUCUUACCUAUAAAUAUUAUCUACUUUCUUUCUCUUUUAUCUCAAUCUCAAGCUCCAACUCCAUUUCACCUCUCCAUACACAAUCCUCUCUAUACAAAUUUAUCUCAUACACAUUGUGUUUUUAUUCAUAAUUUUCGAAAAAUAUGGAUACUUCUGUGGUUUUGUUGUUGGUCAGUUGUGUUACGGUGUAUUUGAUAUGGUUCACUUUCUUCUCGAGGGCGCUCAAGGGUCCGAGAGUGUGGCCUGUGGUGGGGAGCUUGCCGGGAUUGAUCGAGAAUUGCAACAAAUUGCAUGACUGGAUUGCGGAGAAUCUCAGCGCGUGCGGUGGUACGUACCAGACAUGCAUAUGUGCGAUACCAUUUUUGGCUAGGAAGCAGGGCCUCGUGACGGUAACGUGUGAUCCGAAAAAUUUAGAGCACAUUUUGAAGACGAGAUUCGAAAAUUACCCCAAGGGGCCGACUUGGCAAGCGGUAUUUCAUGAUUUACUUGGCAAGGGGAUUUUUAAUUCGGAUGGGGAGACGUGGCUUUUUCAGAGAAAAACGGCUGCGCUUGAAUUUACGACCAGGACGUUGCGACAAGCCAUGGCUCGGUGGGUGAAUCAAGCCAUUAAGCUGAGGUUUUGUCCGAUUUUGAAAACGGCUCAGCUGGAGGAUAAGCCGGUUGAUUUGCAAGAUCUGUUGCUUCGGCUCACUUUUGAUAACAUAUGCGGCUUGGCCUUUGGGAAGGACCCGCAGACGCUGGCGCCUGGCUUGCCUGAUAACAGCUUUGCCUCGGCUUUUGAUCGAGCCACGGAGGCUUCAUUGCAGAGGAUGAUUUUUCCGAAAAUUAUUUGGAAGUUGAAGAAAUGGCUCCGACUCGGCUUGGAGGUCAGCUUGAGCCGGAGCCUUACACACGUGGACAAGUACUUGUCUGAGGUCAUCGAUACACGUAAGCUCGAAUUGCUGAAUCAGAAGGCAGGGGAUUGUAACAAGUAUGAUGACUUGUUGUCAAGGUUCAUGAAGAAAAAAGAAUCCUACUCGGACAAGUUUUUGCAACACGUGGCACUCAACUUCAUCCUCGCUGGACGCGACACGUCAUCCGUCGCGAUGUGCUGGUUCUUUUGGCUGAUCAUCAACAAUCCAUCCGUGGAAGAAAAAGUUGUGCGCGAAAUCUGCACCGUGCUGGUCGAGACACGUGGCGAUGACGUGUCCAAGUGGCUCAGCGAACCGCUCGACUACGAGGAAGUCGAUCGUUUGGUGUACCUCAAAGCCGCAUUGUCCGAAACACUCCGAUUGUAUCCUUCGGUGCCAGAGGACUCUAAACAUGUCGUGGCAGACGACAUUUUACCCGAUGGAACGUUCGUUCCAUCAGGCUCAUCCAUAACAUACUCAAUAUAUUCCGCUGGAAGAAUGAAGAGUACAUGGGGCGAAGAUGUCAUGGAAUUCAAACCCGAGAGGUGGCUGACCCCGGACGGCAAGACCUUCGCAAUGCACGACAUGUACAAGUUCGUGUCGUUCAAUGCAGGUCCGAGAAUCUGUCUCGGAAAAGAUUUGGCUUAUUUACAAAUGAAGUCGAUCGUAGCAGCCGUGCUGCUACGACACAAGCUCACUAUAGUCCCCGAUCAUAAAAUCGAGCAGAAAAUGUCGCUCACGUUAUUCAUGAAACACGGGUUCAAGGUUAAUGUGCAUCAAAGGGACUUGAAACAAGUUGUGAGUGGCAUCAAACAAGCGAGUCUAGGUGGUGGUGGUGGUGGGGAAGUAAGUGAGCCGGUUGAGGUGGUUGGAUAAAUUAAUUGGAGGCAUAAAUACUCAUAUUUAUGUGGCAGUAAAAAGGGACGUGGGGCAUCAAUAACAAAAAGCUGUGACGGUGGUAAAUGAUGCGUUUCAUAAGAGUGACUCAUUUGAAUUUACAGAAUUGAAGUGUUUGGUACCUUUUUUGCUUCUUGUAUGUAGGUACAUUUGAUUGAUUGUGACCAGAACUGAAUAGAGACUAUGAGGGUUCUUGAUUACUUUGUGAAGCUAGGAAACUCCUUUCCAUCUGUUACUUACAUUAUUGAUUUGUUUAUAUAUGUUUUUUUCGUUUUAAUA